AUGGCGGAUACCUCAAACCCUUCCUUUCCCCCGCAAGCGGAAGAUAAAUAUCCUGUCUUCCUAAGAAACGGACAGCAGGUCAGAGUAAACGAUCACGUCUACUGUUCACCCAGCUGGACCGUGCGAGACGGUACUCCAUAUUCCGUGGCUCGCAUCAUGGAAUUUCUUAGACCCGAAGGGAAAACCGGCGCCGAAGGGGAAUCAUUCCACUACACACGAGUUCGUCUGGCUUGGUACUAUCGUCCCAGCGACGUUAGCGACCGCCCAGUAAACGAUUCGCGUCUUUUAUUGGCUGCCAUCUAUUCGGAAGUUUGCGACAUCAAUCAGAUUCGCGCCAAAUGCCACGUUGUACACAGGGACAAGAUUUCGGACCUCGCUGGUUGGAAAAAACGUCCAGAUCGGUUUUAUUUCAAUCGUUUAUUUGACCCUUAUAUCAAGAAGGAGUUUGAAGUCAUUCCCUCGAUAGAUAUUCGAAACAUCCCUGAGGAUGUUCGAAACACACUUAUUUGCCGCUACGAAUACGUUGUAGCGGAGAAGGAGGUAAUUCCAGACCUCACGGAUUCGAUCCGUCUAUGCCAAUCCUGCGAUGAAUGGUGCCCUAGCCCCGAUUCGGUACAGUGUGACCGAUGCAAGAACUACUUCCACAUGAGAUGCGUCCAGCCCCCGCUGCUUGCAAAGCCCUCAAGGGGGUAUGGCUGGACGUGUGCUCCUUGUUCUCGGAGACACGAGGAGGAAGUAGACAGCCGUGAAGUCCGUCAUAAUACGCCUGGCUCUCGGCCACCCCAUCUCAAAUCCAACGCCCCUGCUCCUCGUGGACGGGGACGCCCGAGAAAGGACCGAAACCAGGCAGAGAAGGAGGAGAACAUGACCGUAAAACACUUCAAGAUGUGGCCUUUUAGAUACUUCGGUCAGUAUACGGUAGCAGAGGAUACACUAGAUCCCGAGGAUCUCAUCUUCUGUCGAGCUGCAACUCGUGUGGGACCCAAGUAUCAACCAACAUAUCCAGAUUACGGCAGUGUUCAUCAAGGCCCAGACGAAGAACGGGGGGAAGACAAGACUAUCGAAGUGCUAAGCGCUUUGCAUGACUUUACGAGCGCAGAAUUUGACGAAGGUAUUUUAAUCCCUUAG